AUGUCCAACGAAAGAAAGCUCAUGCACAUAGUAAUGUUUCCAUGGUUGGCCUUUGGGCACAUGAUCCCAUUUCUAAACCUAUCCAAGCUCAUUGCCCGAAAAGGCCACCGGAUUUCCUUCAUUUCCACCCCCAGAAACAUUGACCGCCUCCCUCCUCCGCCACCAGCUCUGUCACACCUUCUGAACUACGUCAAGAUCCCGCUACCCGGGCACGACGUCGUCCCGGACUUCCCGAUAAACGCGGAGGCCACCUCGGAUGUUCCCUACGAUAAGGUCGUGUACCUCAAACUAGCUUAUGAUGCUCUCCAGCAACCCCUCACCCAAUUCCUCCGACAAACUUCACCCGAUUGGAUCUUCUUCGAUUUCGCUUCUUAUUGGUUGCCUUCCGUCGCCUCGGAACUCGGGAUUCCCUCGGCUUACUUCAGUAUUUUCACUGCAUCGGUUCUUGGGUUUUCCGGUUCUGUUCAAGUUCUCAAAGGCGAUGAUUCUGAGAAGCAGCCCAGAAAAACACUGGAAGACUACACCGUGAAGCCAGAAUGGGUUCCUUUCGAAACCAGCGUUUGUUUCAAGAUCUACGAGAUUACUAAAAUCGCCGAUUCGGUCAUCACAAGCCCAGAAAACACCGUUUCCGACAUUUUUCGCAUGGGAAGUUCCAUCCAAGGCUGUGAUAUUGUUGCGGUGAGAAGCUGUUGGGAGUUUGAACCGGAGUGGUUGAAACUCUUAGAACAAGAUCUUUACCGGAAACCAGUGAUUCCGGUUGGCCAACUGCCCACCGUAGAAGAAGAAGAAGAAGCAGCCGAUGAGAGUAAGAAUACUGUGUGGAGAGGUUAUAAAGAGUGGCUGGACAAACAGGGAAAAGGAUCGGUAGUUUAUGUUGCUUUCGGGAGCGAGGCGAAACCCAGCCAAUCUGAACUCACCGAGAUUGCACUCGGUUUGGAGCAGUCCGGGCUGCCGUUUUUCUGGGCCUUGAAGCUGAAACGUGGGGACUGGGAUACCGAGACGAUUGGGCUUCCCGAAGGUUUUGUGGAACGGACGAAAGACAGGGGAGUGAUUUGUACGAGUUGGGCUCCCCAGUUGAAGAUACUGAGUCAUGACUCGGUGGGCGGAUUCUUGACUCAUUCCGGCUGGAGUUCAGUCGUGGAAUCCAUACAGUUUCAGAGGCCUUUGAUUAUGCUCACUUUUUUGGCUGAUCAAGGCCUUAAUGCUCGGUUGUUGGAGGAAAAGAAAAUUGGAUAUCCAAUUCCAAGGGACGAGUCUGAUGGGUCGUUUACCAGAGAUUCUGUGGCCGAUUCACUGAGGAUGGUGAUUUUACAGGAGGAAGGGAAAAUCUACCGAGAUAAAGUGAAGGAAAUGAAUGGCAUCUUUUGUGAUGGAGGUAGGCAGGACUUUUACGUUGAAAACUUGUUGGCAUUUCUUCAAAGUUACAGUAGAAAUUAA